UAAAACUUCACAAUUAUGAUUUUGGCCGUGGAUUUCUAUGGUGGUAAUGCGAAGCAAAGCUGGAAAAGAAAAAAGAAGAGAGGAGAAAAAGAAAAAGAAGAAGAAGAAGACGACUCUCUCUCUCUAUCUCUCUCUCUCUACACCCACAGACUCUCUCUCUACACACACUUGUGUCUGUCUGGGUUUUCACCUCUCUCAGAGUAUUAUUACAGAGAACAAAAGUAGAGAUAAGAGCGAACUAGAGAGAGAGAGAGGUUGUGGUUGUGGUGGUGGUGGUUGAGUGAGCGGGCGGCGGCGCGUCUUAUUCUGCGCCGCCUUGGUUUCGGGAAUGAGAUUCUGGGAAUGAAUUAGUAUUAGUAUUAGUAUUGGUAUUGAUAUCGCUAUUACUAUUAUUCUUCUUCUUCGCUGAGUUCGCUUCAUUCCCACGGUAACUUGGUGCCUUUGAUAAGGGAAGAAACAAAGAUUGAUUCAGAUUCUGAUUCCGAAACAAGGCUUUCCCAUUUGGGUAUUUUGCUAAAAUUAAUUCUGGCGGAGCUUAGAGGAACCCUAGAGUUUCUGGUUCAACCCUCGGUGUCGGUGAGUUUAUUACCAGAUCGAUUCGAUUUCAAGUCGAAGAAGAAGAAGAAGAGGAGAGGGUUUCACGAGGUUAAAAUGCUUUGGGUCAAGAGGCUUUCUGGGUUUGUCUCGGCUGCAAUGGUGUUGAUUGUUCUAUCUCCUUCGCUUCAAUCGUUUCCACCGGCCGAAGCAAUCCGAUCUUCACACCAUGAUUCUCAUCUCCUUCGUCUUCGUCCCGAUGAUUCCCUAAACCCAUUUUCAUUCCGAAAGGCACCGACUUUUCGCAAUGCCGAUAAAUGCAGCUCCUCCGACCCUUCAAUCCAUUCUCCAAUCAGCGUCUGUGAUCCCAAUUUGGUCCACGUCGCGAUUACUCUCGACGUUGAAUACCUCCGUGGCUCGAUCGCCGCCGUUCAUUCGAUUCUUCAGCACUCGCUGUGUCCGGAGAGUGUGUUCUUCCACUUCCUGGUCUCCGAGAACAAUCUAGAAGCCCUGGUACGAUCCACCUUCCCUCAGCUCAACUUCAAGGUCUAUUACUUUGAUCCGGCGAUUGUACGGAAUCUGAUCUCGACGUCGGUACGGCAAGCGUUGGAGCAGCCGUUGAAUUACGCCCGGAACUACUUAGCGGACCUACUCGAGGCCUGCGUUCGCCGCGUGAUUUACCUGGACUCCGAUCUGGUUGUGGUUGACGACAUUUCGAAGCUAUGGAGAACGAGUCUAGGGUCAAGAACAAUCGGAGCUCCAGAAUACUGCCACGCAAACUUCACUAAGUAUUUCACGGCGAGUUUCUGGUCGAACGGUCAGUUCUCGUCGGCUUUCUCGGGGCGGAAGCCUUGCUACUUCAACACCGGCGUGAUGGUCAUGGAUCUGGUGAAGUGGAGGCGGGCCGGGUACACGAAAAGGAUCGAGAGGUGGAUGGAGAUCCAGAAGAGCGAUCGUAUCUACGAGCUGGGGUCGUUGCCACCGUUCCUCCUGGUCUUCGCCGGACACGUGGCACCCAUCGAGCACCGCUGGAACCAGCAUGGGCUGGGCGGAGACUACGUCAAAGGCAGCUGCCGUGACCUCCAUCCGGGUCCGGUCAGCCUCCUGCAUUGGUCCGGAAGCGGCAAACCAUGGCUGCGGUUAGACUCGAAACGGCCGUGCCCGCUCGACGCCCUCUGGGCACCAUACGAUUUGUACGGACACUCACAGUGAAUCAAUACAAAGGGGUUAGGGGUCAUCGACGGUAAAUUCCCACCAGUACUGUUUUUGCUACUUUGUUCUUUUUUACUUCUAAAUUUGCCAUUUUUUUUCUUCUUCUUCUUCUCUUUCUCUCAAUUAUUUUGUGUCUUCUUCUUACUAUGAGCUACUCAUUUUUUUUAUAUAAAAAUUACAUUUUUUUUUUCUUCUUCGUUAUUAUUCAGUGGGUUUUAUUUGUAUUUUAUUCUAAUCUUGUUCUUUUUAUUUUAGUCUUUCUUCUGCAAAUAAAAGAUAAAAAAGAGAUACUCAAUUUGUUAUUGUAUAUAAAUGUUACUGGUAUGCAUACUCUGUUUUUUAGAA